GUAUAAGCUUGUGACGCCUCUCUUCCUAACAUCAGUGAAACUGCCCUUGGCUGCAGAGAGAGAGAGAGAAGGAAUAUGCGGUUCCUGUCAAGCUUUAGCUUUUUAUUGGUGCUGUAUGACACACUUCACAGAUGCCCCGCCGGGGAUUCGCCUGUCGACGCGACAAAUUUGUUAAAAGUUGAAAAACCAGUGAAGUAUAUCCUGUCUGAAAAAACGGACCCCCUCUUUGGUAUAAACUCGACAUGCAUCACAAUGGAGAUGGUUAAUAGCACAUCUCCGUACCUUACAGUUGUGGAUUACAUCGACCGGUCCAGAUCGGAGUGUUUUUAUUUUCUCUACUACUUCCCUAUUCAUGAUCUAUCGCCCGUAGUGGGUUUAGCCAUAUCGUCUGGGACCAAUCAAACAACCAACCGACCUACAACCGACCGAGAGGGCCGCUUCAAAGAUGACCGCGCCAAAGUUCAGCGUCUUGCACCCGGAAAGAAGAACGAGCGAAGAAAUGGAUGAACCAGCAUCACCUCGACCGCAAUCCACUCUGGCCUGCGCGCUGAUCGUCUGUGGAGUGACGUACCUGAUCUGGACGACGGUGAAGCCGUCUGCUUCAUUCGCGGCACCUUUUCUAUUUGAGGCGGAGGAGGCUUCCGGGAUGAUGUGUCCGAAUGAGAACGAGCGGCUUCUGACGAGGUACAUGGACGACUGGGAAGUGCCUCUGAUCCGGCGGCUGCAGAACAACAGCGACGAGGCACCUUCGCGAGCAGAAUCGACGUCGUGGAGGGUUCUGCUGAAGGACAAGGUCCACGUCUUCUCGGCUUAUCUGGCGAACGCUACAAUUUGGGGCGUCCACGUCGUCAGCCUCGUGCGAAGAGACAUGAAGCUGGACAACUCGUCCUCGACGCCUACAGGCGCGAUCGAAUGCCUCAUUCGCACCGCCGACGGACAGUCGCUGCGAACGCCCGUGCUCGUGAAAAAAAUGUCGGAAGAGUUCCAUCACGCGUUCCUCAGGACUCACCUGAUCUGCCCUCUGCAAGGCGUUGCUGAACUUCGGAAACCCGUGUCUCUAACUCUCAGAGCCGUUGGCACAGCCUCGACUGAUCAGGUGCAGCUGCCGGUGCAGAGUCCACCUGCAACAGCGCCCGCCAAGUGCUGCUCCGUGUGCAUGAGACCCAUGCACGGGCGAACCUUCAGGCUGUGGGAGGUCAUAGAGUUCGUGACUCACUACAGGAUGAUCGGCGCCCGAGUCGUUCUUCUUCUACGACUUGGAAAUGAGCCAGCCCAUGCUGCAGCUCGUGGGGCGACUGCAAGCCGAAGGCUGGGACAUCACACUGGUGCCAUUCAAACUGACCAUCCCGUACAACGACUCGAACGUCGGCUGGGGCGAGGCCGCGAUGCUGUCAGACUGCGCGUUCCGGUCCCGCUUUAAGACGGAGUACUUCGUGAACGUCGACUUCGAUGAACUCCUAGUCCCAGGCGCUAAGUACGGUGGCAACCUGUCGGCGUUGAUCGAGAGCGUCGAAAGCAGGCGAGGAGCGGGCAAAGUGGGCAGCCUCGUUCCGAGGAACCGAGUCUUUUGCUUCGAGCACCAAUUGAACCACGAUUACGUUCGGCGAGGCGUGCUGCCGCUGCGAUCCCGGAUCCUGAACGCUCAUUCGGGCGUAAUCAAGCACAACUUUACGCUCAAGUACAUCGCUCGCGCUCGCGCUGUCUGCUCUGCAGCGAUACACAGGAUCACCGAGUUCUGUCGCGCGUCUGAAGAAGCCGUCUACGUGGACAGCAAUGAGUUAGUGAUCAACCACUACCACCGGUGCUGCGAUUACGGGAUAGGAAAGGAAAAAACCUGGGGCGUUGAUCAUCGCAAUCCCGGCCACCUCUUCAUCGACGACAGCGUCAAGGCAUUGGGCAGUAACUUCGACGGCCUACUACCAUCAAUAGCAAGCACUUGGCUGCUGCACGAAGCCGAAGUCAAGAAGAUUUCAGAGGCUGAGAUAAUAAAUACCGAAGAGUAGUUAAGAAAUGCCGGUAAAAUCACAAUCUAGUACACCUCGUCAGCCAAACAGAACAACAAAGUGAUCACAUACCCAAUAUAGUUUAACAUGUAACUAAACCGUUAUUAUUGAGCUGUAGAUCAUUAUUUCGAAAUUAUUUCUUAACUUCGAGAUCAAGGGAAAUCUCCGCUUUAUACACAACAUUUGGCAACGUACGUAACGACAUUGAGUUGGGAUUUAUUUUAACAAAGAUGACAACGCUGUACCCAAGCAACGCCUUCAGCAACCACUGUAACUGCCAUAGAGGCAUUGUUUGACAGC